CCGCGCCGCCCGCGUCCCCCGAGGCCUGCGGGCCAUGCCCGGCCGGCCCUGAACGCGGACCGGGGGGCGUCCCCUUGCGCCCGGGCCCCGCGCUGGCGCCCCCCGGGCCGCCGCCCGGCGCGGGGGCCAUGGCGUUCACCUUCGCCGCGUUCUGCUACAUGCUCACCCUGGUGCUGUGCGCCUCCCUCAUCUUCUUUGUCAUCUGGCACAUCAUAGCCUUUGACGAGCUGCGGACCGACUUCAAGAACCCCAUCGACCAGGGGAACCCAGCGCGGGCACGCGAGCGUUUAAAAAACAUCGAACGCAUCUGCUGCCUCCUGAGGAAGCUCGUGGUCCCGGAAUACUCCAUCCACGGCCUCUUCUGUCUGAUGUUUCUGUGCGCGGCAGAGUGGGUGACCCUGGGCCUCAACAUCCCGCUCCUCUUCUACCACCUCUGGAGGUACUUCCACCGCCCGGCGGACGGCUCUGAGGUCAUGUAUGACGCGGUCUCCAUCAUGAAUGCGGACAUCCUCAACUACUGCCAGAAGGAGUCCUGGUGCAAACUCGCCUUCUACCUGCUCUCCUUCUUCUAUUACCUGUACAGUAUGGUUUAUACGUUGGUGAGUUUCUAAGGGGGAAGCCGGCCAGGGAGCAAGCCCAGAAUGGACCGGACGCCUGUGCACCCCCAGCCCUACCCCUCGGCCGCAGAGGCCUCAGCCCUGGGGAGGGAGGGGGCACUGGUGCCCCCAGCCUCCUCUCCACCCCUCCAAACUGCUGCUGCGGGGACCUCCCGCCUUCAGAGCCCCCUCCCCUUGGACCAGGGCUGGGCAGAGCUCUAAAUGGGGCAGGGGCUUCUCUGCCAGCCUGUAGGCAUGGCAGUCAGUCUUGGAAGGGGCGGAACCUCCGGCCUUGUCCACUUCUGGAGGGGAACAUGGACCCUGCCAAAGGGCAGGGCUUGACCCUGGAAGUUCUGGGCCGCCCCCCUCCACCCUCAACCCUGAGGCUCCCCCUGCAGGUGGGGGGGUACCCGCACCGGGAAUGAGCAGGCUCAGCAGGGGGGCAGUCCCACCCCUAGUCUGCCCUCUCCCCUCCCCCAGGCCCUCUCUCCAGACCUCCCCCUUCCAUUCCCCACUUGCCCCAAUCCCAGCCUGUCCUGUCUCUUGGACCCAUUUUCUAUGUUGCCUGGAGGAGUCCGGCACCCCCUCCCCGGCCAUUUGUGAGAAAAUAUGAAUAAACUACUGCAAACACGUGGGCCCCGGUUCUGCUCCG